AUGCGUCUCACCAAUGUCGCCCGUUCCGACAUGCCUGGACCGAAAGUCUAUCUGUCGUGGUGGGGAGCUAGCGAUAUAGCCAAGCAGAAGGGUAUCUACCAAUAUACCAUUUCUCCCUACCAAGCAAAAGCCGCCCCGCACAUGUUUCGCAGUUACCUCUUCAACGGUGUCAGGCGUCUUUCCGUCUACGCAUUGCCCAUCAUCAUCCCAACUUCAAUCUACUACUAUGUGUGGCAAGCUGCGGUGAAGGACUAUCACUGGAGAAACAGCAAGGAGGGCCUGCUGGCAUCAGGCGGUGGCGAAGAGUAG